AUGCCUCCCCGUUUCCCAUUCGCGCUCCCCGUUUCCCCUUCCCGCUCCCCGUUUCCCCUUCCCACCUUCCCGUUUCCCCUUCCCGGUUCCCGUUAUCCCUCCCCGCCUCCCCGUUUCUCCUUCUCAACUCCUCGUCUCCCCUACCCGCCUCCUCGUUUCCCCUACCCGCCCCCCCGUUUCCCCUUCCCGCUCCCCGUUUCCCCUUCCCGCUCCUUGUUUCCCCUUCCCGCUCCCGAUUAUCCUUCCACGCCUCCCUGCUUCCCCUUCUCGCCUCCUCGUUUUCCCUACCCGCCUCCCCGUUUCCCCUUUCCGCUCCACCCAACCCACCCAUGUCCAUCUCAAGCCUCGCCAUUCCGUGUGCAAGCCUCCCCAUCUUUCAUCCCCCCGGCUCCCUUUUAUUGCCCCCUUUCCUUCUCCCUCUCCUUUCCCCCCCUUCCCCCUCUCCUUCCCCCCCUUCCCCCUCUCGUUGACCCCCCUUCCCCCUCUCAUUACCCCCGCUUCUCCUUCUCAUUUUCGCCCCUCCUCCCUCUCAUUUCCCCUCUUGCUCCCUCUCAUGUCCCCCCUUUCCCCUUCUCAUAUUCCCCCGUUCUCCCUCUCAUUCCCCCUCCUCAAUCUGAAAUCCCCUCUUUCUCCCUUUCUUUAACCCUCACGUGCCCCCUCAUCCCCCCCCUCCCCCUUCCCCCUCUCGUUUCCCCCCCAUUCACCUGCUCAUUUCCUCCCCUUCUCCUUCUCAUUGCCCCCCAUGCUGCCUCUCAUUUACCCCUUUUCUCCCUCUCAUUCACCCCCCCCUUCUCCCUCUUGUUUCCCCACCUUCUCCCUCUCUCCACCUUCUCCCUCUCGUUUCCCCCCUUCCCCCUAUCAUAUACACCCCUCCCCCCUCUCAUGUCCCCCCUUUCUCCUUAUUUUUUGCCAUUCUCCCUCUCAUCCCCCCCCCCCCCCCCCCCCUUCUCAAGCUCACUUCCCCCCUUUCUCCCUCCCAUUUCCCCAGAUGUGCCUCCUCAUCCCCCCCCCCUUUCCCCCUCUUGUUUCCCCCCCAUUCACCUGCUCAUUUCCUCCCCUUCUCCCUCCCAUUGCCCCAUUUUCUGCCUCUCAUUUUUGCCCCUUCUCCCUCUCAUUCACCCCCCCUUCUCCCUCUUGUGUCCCCCCUUCCCCCUCUCGUCUACCCCCCUCCCCCCUCUCAUGUCCCCCCUUUCUCCUUCUCAUUUUUCGCCAUUCUCCCUCUCAUCCCCCCCCCCCCUCUCAAGCUCACUUCCCCCCUCUCUCCCUCCUAUUUCCCCAGAUGUGCCUCCUCACCCGCCCCUUUCCCCCUCUCGUUUCCCCCCAUCCAUGUGUGUUGUUCAGGAUCCGUCACUUUGA